AUGCAGUCGCAAGCUGUUCUCCGUGACAGGCGCAAGAAAGCGGCCGAGGUGCGUCGCGGUCUCGAUGAUCUAGUGCGGUCUAGAACUGCCGAGCCUCCACGCGAUGACGCCACACGCUGGCCACAGUUAGAUAGCACGAUAUCUAACGCGCCCAGCACUAACGCGCCCAGCACUAACGCUUGGCCAUUAUCAGCUGUGCCUGAUGCUCAGGAGACGUCAAGGACUUUAAGAAUUCCAGAAGCCAUGUGUGCUUCGGUCAUCGACCAUCAGUGUACUACUGCCAGGCUCCACGCAACUAGGCGACUUGCAUUCAUGACAUUCACCCCCACGGUCAAGCGCUGUAUCACGACAUGA